AUGUCUGACUCUACAGUCUACGACCCCAAGGAUAAGCAGUUGGCGCUGGAUUUCGCCUACAUGUAUGGCUAUCCUCUCCUAGAGUACGGAAAGUUUGUAGCUCGAAUGCCAAAUCCCACUACAAACAAGCUGAACCAUGGCCGACGGCUUUCAACAUCUAAAGAUCACCAAGUAAUCCGACCUAAUUCGGAUACGCUUUAUACAACUAUCUUCAUGGAUCUCUCGUCGCAUGAUCUACAGAUUGAAAUACCUAGGAUCGAAGAACGCUAUUGGUGCUAUUCAUUCUAUGACAUGUACGGUAAUAAUAUUGCCAAUAUUAGUAGCCUUCAGGGUCAUCGCCCAGGAAAGUGGUUAAUCCGCUUUUCUGAUACAGACUUUGGUCUUCACAUUGGUUCACCAACGGGAGGAGACUAUGAGGGAUGCGCCAAUCUCCCCACCCCCUAUGGCAUAUCCAUCGCGCGCUUCGCGACGGAUCAGUCAAUCUCAGAUCAAACCCUCGUGAAUAGAUAUCAGAAUCAGACGCAACUCGUUUGUAUUCCACGAGCUGAGCCUAUCGCGCCUCCCUUUCAGCUAUCUAUCUUCACAGCUCCUGAAAACAGUGCCUCUGAAAAAGUCUCUAUCGCCGAAGCCGUCAUGCGCUUGACUGCAAAGCUAGCACCGCAUAAUCUGUCUCCGAUACUGGGGGAUAGAAAUUGGAUUUCCCUCGCCCUGAAGCAAAGCGGCAUGGAGAACGGUGUCUUUGAUUGUGCCAACAGCGCCGAUAUCUCACAUGUGUAUGAUACCGCUGAAAAGAAAGCCCAGGCUGAUCUCGAUGCAGCUGGCGGUAGCCUCGACCACGGAAAUGGCUGGAGUUCAGCGUAUCCUGAAUACCUCGGGAACUUUGGUUCGCACUAUGCGGCCAGGUAUUCAAUUGCCAAGCGGGGUUACUUGGCCCUGACAAGCGAUCAGGCCAUCUACCCCUCACUCUCACGCGCUUUGAAGCUCCAACCUGACGAGGCAGUCUUGCUACGAUUUUCUCGUAAGCCGGUUCUAGUUAAGACGGGAUUCUGGAGUUUGACCGCAUAUGAUGCUGAGCAAUAUCUUGUUCCCAAUACUAUCAAUCGGUAUUGUCUUGGUGACCGAGACAACAUGACAUUCCCUGACGGAACUGCGCUGAGUGAGAACGACAAAGAUGGCGAGUUCUGUAUUUUGUUGCAGCCUGCAGAUAUUGCACCGCCAAAGGAAUGGAGAAAUAAUUGGUUGCCGUCUCCGGCGGGAGGGGGGAAAAUGUCGAUCACGCUGAGAUGGUAUGGUGCCAAGGAGGAGAUGAUGACCAAGGCUUACGAGUACCCUCGCUUGAAGUUCAUCAAAGCAAUUCCUGAGCCAACGAAGUCGAUGUUGUGA